AUGCAUCCACAAGCUAAGAAACCUCGAAUUAUUCGCCAAAAGAAACAAAUAUUUUUCAACGAAGAUGAAGAAGUCAAAAAAGCAUCUAAAGAAAGAAGGGAGAUGGAUGAAGAUAUCACGAACGUUGUUGUUGUUAAUGGGGUCAUGCUACCAAUCAAGCGGAUCGAAAUGCAAGGAAUAGGAAAAGCGCAAGAAAACCUGGAGAUGAUAGGAUCUGUGAUCGAAACGCCAUAUGAUGACCUGAUUCAACCGUCAACAAGUGCAAGAAAAGGCAGGGUUACUCAUCUUCCAGGAAUUGCUGACGAAGUUGAGGCAUAUCCAUGUCGAUUUUGCGAGAAUGGCAUCUUUUUGACCGGUGAAGGAUUAAUGCGGCAUACCAAGGAGAUUCAUGGGCAGGAUCACAUUGUUGAGACAAUAGUGCACAUCCAGACAAUAUCCAGCGAAUGGCGACGUAGGGAGAAGGAACAUGACAAGGGACGUGAAAGAGUACUAAUGCAACGUCUUCGCCAAGAAGCCGUAACUCAAGCAGCCAUCCGACAAGUGAAGAUCAAUAACAUGCUCGGAGGCGAAUAUCAACCAAUGCCGAUAACUUCUGCGGAUAAAUUUGAAAGUUGUCAAACAUGCGGUCUUCUCAUAAAUCAGAGGCAUCCAACAGCCAUAGAAAACCAUUUACGGGCGCACAAGAAAAAUGAUGAACUGCGAGAACAAAUGCUACGAGAUUAUGGAGCCGAGCUGGUUCGUCGUCUAUCUUGCAAGGAAUGUCAUUUAGUCUUCACAGAUGAAUUCAAAUUACUUAAUCAUAACGAGACUAUGCACGUAAGAAAAAGAAAGUAUACUUGCAAAUGGUGUGGCCAUGUGUGCCUUUCAGUAUCCGAACUUAAUGCACAUAAAACAGAUGUGCAUGGAGUUAACUUGUUGCGUAAUAGCAGCUCAUUAAAUACGAAUAGAAAUUUAUUUUAUGAAUCAGUCCCGUUGGGAAUACAAAAUCCGACUAUGCAUCAAUUUUUUGGGUCUUAUGGGUCACGAUCAUCGGCUCCUAUUUGUCGUACUGUCUGUGAUGUGUGUGGUCUUUUGAUGGUCCGACCCUCGUUAUUGAUAAGGCACAUGCUUCGUGUCCACAAUAAAUCUCAAUUUGAGGCUACAAUUCAAUUUCGCGAUUCGCUUUCCUACAACGUUAAAGUGGAUUCCGGGCAUGUGACAUGGAUCUGUUGUCAACAAGAGUUCGCUGACAGGGACGCUUUUUCGGAGCACAGACGCUCCCAUAUCCCAUCCACCUCGGAAACACAAAAUCACAAUCAGCCUAUGUCAGAAGACCAACAACUGGAAAAUCCGCCUACAGAAUCUCAACUCAUUGAUUUCAAUUCAAUAAAUAAUGCAGAAACGAUUCAUGGCGAACUAGUGGCUGGGCCGGAUGGGUCAAUGCAGGUCAUCGUUUCUGAACCAAUGGAUAGUAGCCAAGUUUAUACUCUUGUCAUGUUAAGCGAUGAGGCUGACGAGGCCGAAUCAAAGGGUGUAAUGUUACAGGAUGCAUCGCUGUACGACGAAACUCUCUCAACUCUUGACCAACAAAACUAUUUCAUCGAAGCGCAUGAUUCGAUAGCGAUACAGCAUGAAGAUAAUACUUUCAUUAAUAAAGAAGAUCAAGAGAUUGAAUCCAACGAUGUUGUCACAUUUACGGAAGAAGAGUGGAACGACCUUCAAAUGCAAUACCAAGGAAAUAUCCCGCCUUUACUGGUCAAGAGAGAUGAUGGUGAAAUGGUCCCAGCUCGAAUCGUUGUUGUGCGUGAUGAAAAUGCAAUAAAU